CUUAUCAGUUGUGCGUGGCGGCGUGCGGCGGUGGCGCCUAAAUCACGUUCGUACUCGGCCACACUGACGGAAGUCGUGCAGCUGCCAUUGUGCUGUUGUCUGUUGGGUGUUUGUUGUGUGAAGUGUGCCGCCGCAACCGCCCCCAUGAGAAUGUUGAGGGUGCCCGAGAUGGUGGACGGCGACGAGAAAGGCAAGCUUUUUGUAGGGGGCUUGUCUUGGGAGACAACCCAGGACAAUCUUCAACGCUUUUUCUCUAGAUAUGGCGAAGUCAUCGAUUGCGUUGUAAUGAAGAAUGCAGAAUCUGGCCGUUCUAGAGGAUUUGGUUUCGUUACAUUUUCAGAUCCAGCCAAUGUUAACUCAGUACUACAAAAUGGCCCACAUACACUAGACGGAAGAACUAUCGAUCCAAAACCAUGUAAUCCGAGGACACUACAAAAGCCCAAAAAGGGCGGAGGUUAUCCUAAGGUAUUUUUAGGAGGACUACCCUCCAACGUGACCGAAACCGAUCUGAGGACAUUCUUCACUCGGUUUGGAAAAGUUAUGGAAGUUGUCAUCAUGUAUGACCAAGAGAAGAAGAAAUCAAGAGGUUUUGGAUUCUUAUCUUUUGAAGAUGAAGAGUCCGUCGAUCGAUGCGUUGCGGAACACUUCGUCAACCUGAACGGAAAACAAGUGGAGAUCAAGAAGGCGGAGCCUCGCGACGGCUCCGGCGGCAACAAGAUGGGCGGCGCCGACCCGUCGUCGGCCUGGGGCCCGCCGCAGGCGCCCAUGGGCAUGAUGCAGGGCCCCAACGGGCAGAUGGGCGGGCCACCGAUGAACCUCGGUGCGCCGAUGGGCCCCAACAUGAUGCAGAGCUACCAGGGAUGGGGCACGUCUCCGCAGCAGCAGAGCUACGCCGGCUACGGCACGCCGUCGGGACCGGGCUCGUACCAGGGGUGGGGCGCGCCGCCAGCGCCGCAAGGGCCGCCGCCGCAGUGGGGAAACAACUACGGGGGACCGCCGCAGCAGCAAGGUUACGGAUCGUACGGUCCCAGCGCCGGCAGCGGGACGAGCUGGAACAGCUGGAAUAUGCCACAGAAUAGCGGCUCGACAGGCUACAUUGCAGGGGACAUGUACUCUCGCGGUCAGUCUGGUCCCGGUGGCCCGGCCACCCCCAGCGCCCCGCCGAACAUGUCCUCGUCCGGGGGCAACUCCAAACCCGGCUCCGACUACAACUACGGCUACGGGUCGUACGCGUCGGCGGCGGACGCCGGCGGCUACGGAGCGCCGCCGCGCUCGUACGGCAGCGACGGCGGCAGCCAAGUGAGCGGAUACUCGUCGCAGCCUCCAAACGCAGGUGAUUACGCAUCAGGAGAUUCUUACUCCGGAGGGCCACAGCGGGGGUCGGCGUACAACGCUCCGUCACAGUCCUACCAUCCGUACAGACGAUAAUGCUGAUAUAAAUUGUAUAAACAUUCCUGUGUAGCAAAUGUCGAGCAUUUUCUUUCAUUUUUUUUUUUGAAAAAAACAUUUGAGGCACGCUGUUCGAGGAUAAAGUGCUUUACUGUAAUUUUCCUUCGACGAUUGGGCUUUUAUUCAUUAAUGCAAAAUUAGUUAAGUUGUCAAUAUUACAUGAUAGGUUUGUUUGAGAUAGUUGUUUUUUUUUGUAUCUUGUAUGUGUAAUUUCAGUAUAUGGACGAAUAAAAUUAAUUUUUUA